AUGUUGCUGGAAAUUGCCUGUUUUAAUGAACAGUCGGCAGUCAAUGCUGCUGACGGGGGUGCCGAUCGAAUCGAGUUAUGCCAAGACUACAAGGCUGGCGGACUCUCACCCAAGCCUGCGGUCCUGCAAGCGGUGAAAUCUCGAGUUUCCAUCCCGGUAUACGUGAUGAUUCGUCCACACUCCAGGGACUUCGUUUAUAAUGACGAUGAUUUCGAAGACAUGAAAGCGACGCUACAGCUCAUGAAUAAUCUUGGAGCGGAUGGUUUUGUUUUUGGAAUGCUCCACAAGGCGCCGGACCAUCCAAGUACCGACUGGAGCUCAUGGAUUGAUAUCACCAGGAAUAAGGAGCUCGUUCAACUAGCAGAAGGGAAACCCUGUACCUUUCACCGUGCAUUUGAUUGUAUUCCGAAAUCCGACUGGGAUAUUGCCUUGGGGGAUAUACUCGAAUGUGGCUUUGCUGCAAUUCUCACCAGUGGUGGCCCUUCCAGCGAGAACGCUGUUGACUGCAUGGAUCAAUUAGCUGACCUUGUGAAGCACCAGUCACGCAAUUCCGGCCUUCAAAAUAAAUCGGGCCGCCGAGCUCUCGAAGUCAUCGUUGGCGGAGGCGUGCGGCCAACCAAUAUUGCUGCCUUGAAAAAGCAAACACUGGCAACCAAUUUCCAUUCAAGUGGGCUGUCUUCAUCAAGCGAGAUUGUUUCUAUAACGGAAGUCCGUGACCUGAGGCGUUCUCUGGAGCUGAACAUCUGA